AUGGCUGCCCUUUCUCAGCUGUUAGCUCAUAUCUACACCAUGACUCUAGUCUUCUUCACCAUUCUAAUCCUCGAACUCGUAAUCUUUGUACGCUCCAUAACCGAGACAAUCUCCGAUUCCGGCCGCGGCCGCCCCAUCACCACCAAGCAAUACAUCAAACUCAUCGAUGAAAAAAACCCGGUCAGCCGGUUCAAAACCGCAUCAAUCAACCCGGACGGUUUUUCCGAUACCUGUGCGGUUUGUUUAUCGGCAUUUGAAGACGGCGAACAAGUACGGAAGUUGAAAUGCAAGCAUAUAUUUCAUAAGGAUUGUUUGGACACGUGGCUCCAACAGGAUUCUGCCACGUGUCCACUCUGCCGGAAUAAGGUGCUGCCGGAGGAAAUUGUGGUUAAAUUCCGGCAGCACCGCAACCACCACACGGAGUAUGAAGGGAGUGAUGAGGAGCUGAUUUUUUUGUUAUCUGCAUUACAUGGUAAUUAUAUUCGUAGAUUUUUAUAA